AAGUAGAAGUGGUGGCAUUAUAAAUAUAUACCACCAAGCCAGUCUCUGAGUGUAUAAACAUUAGCUCUCUAACAAUUCAUAGUUGUAGCAAUAAACAGUUCAGCUUUGAACAGAUUUCUUGUGUUCUUUCUCAUUCUUUGCCAUGGAUUCAAGCAGUAACGAUUCGCAAAAAUAUAUAUUACAACCAAAGGUUAUCGAGUAUGAUGAAGGCAACGAAAUUCUCCGAGAGUUUAGUCCUUUUAUCCGAGUAUACAGAGAUGGUAAAAUCGAAAGACUCUCUGGCACCGAGACUGUUCCUGCUGGCAAUGAUCCCAACACAGGUGUUCAAUCGAAAGAUGUUGUAGUCACUAAAGAAACAAAUGUAUCAGCUAGGCUCUACAUGCCCGAAAGUAUAAAACCAGGUGAAAAGCUCCCUCUUCUACUCUAUUUUCACGGGGGAGGUUUUGUUGUGGACAGCGCUUUCUCUCCUUCUUACCACAUGCAUUUAAAUCAGCUUGUGAAACAAGCAAAUAUUGUGGUUGUUUCAGUCGAUUAUCGGUUAGCCCCGGAACAUCCUCUCCCUAUCCCGUAUUUUGAUUCGUGGUUCGCGUUGGAAUGGGUGGCUUCUCAUUCCUUAGGGAAUGGUGAAGAGCCGUGGCUCAACGAGCAUGUUGAUUUCGGACGACUUUUUAUAGGAGGUGAUAGUGCGGGAGGUAACAUUGUGCACAAUGUGACAUUGACCGUGGGAAAUGAAACACGCGAUGAUGUUAGAGUUAGAGGAGUUUGUUUGAACCAUCCGAUGGUUUGGGGGAGUGAUGCGAGUGUUGAUGGGAAAGCAAUUGAUGCCGAAACAAAGGAAUUUAUGGAGAAAUUAUGGCGGUUUACCUAUCCGGAGACUAGCGGGACUGAUGACCCGAAACUAAAUCCUGAUAAGAUAGCAGAUUUUUCGAGGUUCGGGUGCGAAAGGGUGUUGCUUGUGUCGGCUGAGCAUGAUUUUAUGAAGGAAUGGCAGUUGCAUUACGGUGGUGUACUGGAAAAAAGUGGUUGGAAAGGGAAUAUAGAGAUGAUGGAGUUUGAAGGAGAGGGCCAUGUUUUCUACUUGUUUGAUCCAGCUUCUGAUAAUGCUUUGAAUCUUCUCAAGAAAAUGGCUUCUUUCAUCAAUCAGGAGUAGACCUGGCUUGCGUCCCAAACUAUAUAUAUAACUAUAUAUGUUUAUGUUGAGUUUGGCUUUGUGUGCCAAACACUUCCAACAAUUACGUGGGAUUAUGUGACUAUGCAUAUCGUAUAAUAAUGUAGAAACAAGUAAAAUGGAGUACUCAGGCAGUUAUGUUUAAGGAGCUCAAAUCAUGUGAGAAUAUGUUAAUAUGUUGUACGGUAUAUGAUAGAAUAUUGUUUAUUAGAGAAA